UCCGAUCUGGUGAAGGCAGUGGUUCCUUCGACUCUCAUCCGCCAUCCCUCUCCUGGAAAUCUCCAGUCUACUCGCCUCGCUCUCCAUGCGAACGAGGAAGGAUCUUCAUGUUGGGUCUACAUUGCUUCCGGUUGUCAUAUCUUCAGAGUCCAGGUGCCCUUGGAGGGGGAUUUGGUCGGCGAAGGCAAAGAAAGCCUUCUUAUUCCUGCUCAUGCACAGGUUAUAGACUCUAUGCUAGUCGACCGUUGCCCGCACCGAUCCGAAAUUCAGAGUAUAGUGCUGACUGAACCUGACGGCACUGGCCACUUGAUGCUAGGAAGUGUGGAUUCCUGUGGCCACCUCAUUGUUUCUAAGCUAGAUAUAGGUGGUAAAGAUGAUGGUAAGCUUACAUACUCGGUAUUGCCUCAAGAUUGUGGAAUUGGAGAAGGUAGUUGGGCAGGACUUUGCUUCAGUCCAAAUCAAUGGUCUAUGGCUGCUGUAGCACGGAGCUUUUGCAAAAGCAUCGAUAUAUAUGAUCAGGAUAUGCAUCUUCGGACUCUGAGGACGCUGUGGUAUCCAUCUUCACUGAACUUCAUAGAGAAUAUGUCUAAUGGGAAUGGAAAUUUUAUAUUAGCCGUCGCUGAAGGUUGUCAGCUGAGUAUAUGGGAUUUGAGGAUGAAAGAAAAUGGUGGUUGCCUCCAACGAAUCUCUGGCUCUCUUGGUGACAUCUUCUAUGCUGUCUGUAGUUCUUCUACCAGCAACAUAGCAGUCGGUGGAGCUGAUCGAACAGUAACUGUAUAUGAUCCUCGCAGAUGGUCAGCAUUAUCACGAUGGGUGCAUUGCUCAAAGUAUGAGAUCACUGGACUUGCAUUUUCAUCAAUAAACUCUGAUUAUAUCUAUGUACAAGGAAUGGAUUAUGAGGUCUUUUGUGGGCAAUGGAAAAUGAGCGAGAAAGUAUUUACAUUUAGAGGAGACUCAAACUGGCUAGGGUUUAAUAAGUGCCCGGGCAGAGACGUCGUAGGUGGCUGGUGCGACUCGGGUAGCAUCUUUGUUGCUGAUGUUGUGGGUUGAAGCUAAAGCAGCAGUAAGCCGGAGAACUUCCCCAAAUGGCUAUACUUUUUCUCCCAUUUUUGAGAUUAUAUGCGUCUCUUUAAGUAGGAGAGAGAAAUAACAAGAAAGAAGGGUGUUUGAUUAGCAUGUCAGGGUGCUAUAUAGCAGUUUAUGAUGAAGCUUCCGGUCAAGUCAUCUGGUUCGUGAGGAAAUCUCUGUUGUAUCCAGUCAGUGUAGGAUUCAACAUUUCCACAUUUUGACUGCUCUAUUCUCAUAAUAUUGAUGGUCGGAACAACCAUCUUAGUUCA